AUGGUUCUGUUUCUUUCCCAAAGCCCAUGGAUUCUACCUGAAGGACUCUUUCUGGUGAUCAACGUAACCAAUGAUGAGGAAGUGGCAGUGAAGCUAGAAUCACAAAAGCUAGGUAUCCCCCGUUGCUGUACCAGAGAAAACUUUAAGAUUCUUCAUGGUGGGAUUGACAUCCCACACAUAAAGUUAUAUCAAUAGGACAAAGACUAAGUGAUACUUAUGGAUCUUCUUCCAUCCAUUCUCCAAGACCUCUCCAGUUUCUGUUCAAGAAGGCUCACAGUGAAAACUGUACUAGCGCUAGCUGACCAGAUGAUCAGUAGAAUUGCGUAUGUGCAUAUGAAGAGUUUAAGACACAGUAAACCAGAUAACUUCCUAAUUGGUAGUGGGUGUCACUUUUUAUUCCAUAUUGAUUUUGGUUUGGCCAGGAAGUACAGAAAUGACAGGACAAGGCAGUACAAACUAUACAGAACGGGUAAUAAUCUCUCUGACACUACCUGUCAAACCAGCACAAGUGAACAUCUUCGUAUUGAGCAGAGUUUCAUAGAUGACAUGGUAUCAUUAGGAUACCUGUACACAUAUGUUAAUAGAACCAGCUUGUCCUGGCGAAGCCUGCAAAAAAUAAAACAAGUAGGAAAAGAUUAG